GUCGAAGGAACGAUGUGGCCGGACGUCGCCGGUAGAUCGCACACGUCCUGCGAUCAUUUCAAAGUGAAGCUACCGGCAGCGAAGGACGGGAAGAGAAAGAAGGAGAACGAGUCGGCGUGCUGUAAGAUCUUCGCCCUGUUUCGUUACCGCAAGCCUCGGGACCCGCUCCGUGGUUCCAGCCGUGGCGCAGCUUCGUCGGUGCCCCUGCUCGAUAUGGGCGCCAGAGCAUGGGACUACGAGGCCCUGCCGGAACUCCAUACCUCGACGGCGGUCACGCCGACCACGACGCCACCGAGCGUGUCCCAGCAGAAAGCGCCUAGAGUGUAUUUCCAAGCAGAGAAUCUGGCGUCCACCAGGCGUAGGAGCAGCAAUAGACUGCUGAUGCCACAGCAGUCUUGCAGGAGACGCAGCCGGAGCAUGAGCGCAUGGAGCGACCUGUCUAGGUCGUCCUUCAGGUUGGACGAAAGGUAAGUGCGGAGCUAUAUUUUUGCCACUUUCAUUCUACGUUUCAUGUAAGUAAUUGAAUCACC